CACCGUCGUCAACAGAUGGAUCAGAGGAUAAUUAUAUGUUAUCUAUGCGUGAAAUAGACACUUCGGAUUCAGCAGAUUCUACACUUGUUAAUAAAGAUUCUGAUAUCUAUGAGAAAGAUAACUUCCAACUAAAACAUUUGAAAUCUGUGGUUACUGACCCAAAAGUUACUAUUACAGAUCGAAUAUCUCAACCGUCAGAAGAAAGUCCUAAACUAGGACCUCAAAGAUUGAUUGAAGAACGAAGUAUUUUUGUGAAUAAG